AGUAAGGCUUCUAAUUAACCCAUCUACCAAACAUCCAACCUCAAACCACAAUCCCCAUACCGAAGGCAAAAACCCAUGAAAGAAUCGAGAAGCACUGGUUAAAACGCCUGCCAGUUUCACCUUCUAAUCAAAUCAAAACCCGUAAUUUUUAUUCUCGAAAUGCAGAGAUUGUGCACAAAGCUUCGGUCUUUAGCCUCUGUUUCCUCCUCACAUCGCCUUCUCCACUCGUCUCCGCAAUUUUUUCACCGACCUCUCCAUUUCGCCGCUGCUUCAAGUAAAUGGAGUCUUAAUGGGUCCCUUUUGAACACAUCUUCUUCGUUACCAAUUCAGCUUCCUUCGCUACCAUUUCUUCCCUCUUUUCGUCUAUCUCCACUCUCACACCCUUUGGUGCAAGUGCGUCAUGUUUCAUCAAGGGAGCGGAAAAAGAAUAGGAAGCCAAUGACUCCACUCACCUCCAAAGUCAAAAAGUUUAAAAUGAAGGCUUACUCGUCGUAUAAGGACAGGUUUAGGACAAUGAAUGAUGGGACUAUUCGUCGCUGGAGGGAGGGCAAGAAUCAUAAUGCGCACUUGAAGUCAAAGAAAUCAAGACGUAGACUUAGACAACCAUCUACUGUCCCUGCAGCCUAUGCCAAAGUCAUGAAGAAGCUUAGUUUCUGUGUUUAAAACUUCCGAUGCUGCCAAUUACUUGGAUGGAAGACGAAAAUGUCCAUGGCUUAGGGCAGAGUUUUUGUAACAACAGUUGGAACUUAGUUUGAGCAUUUAGUUAACAACAACGAUACCGCCACAAUUUUUUUCAGUUUGAACUGCAAUUCGAACAGUAGUAUCAGCCAGUAAUAGCUCCAUGAUUUAUUUAUGGGAUCAUCAAAACCGAUCUCCAUUUAGUGGCUUAUGUUAGAUAUUUUGGUGCAUUGUGUUUAUUUCAACGAUUUGUCAGUUAUAAUUGAGAGGAACUGUGUUUCACAUGCCGGAUUUUGGCAUGUUUUUCUAA